AUGAAUUACUCCAGCAAAUAUGUACAGAUUCCUCUUAUGUUUUUCUUAAUAUUAUCCAUCACUCAAAUUCCAAAAACUUCUUAUGCCUGCCAAGAUGAUGAAAGAAUCGCUCUCUUGCAUUUCAAAACCUCUCUUACCGACAUUUCCGAUCGUUUGUCGUCCUGGAAAGUACACCGUCAUCAAAACUGCUGUGCUUGGCAUGGAAUUCAAUGUUCUACUGAAUCAUUUCAAGUCAUCUCAAUUGAUCUUCGAAAUAUAGACCGUGAAAUCUACCUUAAUGAUAUUUCUGAUUAUUCGCAGCCUUCACCAAAUACUUCGCUUAGUGGUACAAUCUCUUCUUCCUUGCUCAGUCUAACUCACCUUGUGUAUCUUGAUCUUAGUUUCAAUGAUCUUGACUAUACAAAUAUCCAAUACCGUCUUCCGGAACUCAAAUAUCUCACUCAUUUUGAUGUCUCGUAUUCGAAUUUUUCCGGCUGGGUAACGACACAAUUUUCUAACUUAUCAUCUUUACAAUACCUCGAUAUCUCUGGUUAUGUUCAACCAUCUGAUCCUAGAACUCCGGGUUAUAGAACUUCCAAUAUACCCUUAAUCUCGUCAUCCAUAAACUGGGUUAAAGAGUUAGUCCAUCUGAGGGUACUUCGAUUGAGUGGUGUUGAUAUAUCUGAGGCAACUGUCCAAAGUAAUUGGGCUAAACCAAUAUCAUUUCUUCAUAAUCUGGAAGAACUUCAUUUAUCUGCUUGUCAUAUAUCUAGUCCAAUCUUUCCAAUCAAUGAGUUCCUCAAUCUUUCUCAUCUAUCUUCUCUACAUAUGAAUUAUAAUGGAAACCUCCGAACUUCAAUCACAAAUCAGAUAGCUAAUCUUACUUCCCUUUCAGUUCUUGAAUUAUCAGGUUGCUAUAAUUUACAAGGUUCGAUUCCAUACCUUCCUCAGUUGAAAAGGCUUGACAUAAGAGGAAGCAAUAAUCUUUAUGUCAACCUCACGUCCAUGUUUGAACGUCAAUGGCUCAAACUACAAGUACUUUGGAUGUCAUCCACUUAUGUGAAUGGAUGGAUUCCAAGUUCGAUUUCAAAUGCCCCAUCAUUGGUUAGUUUUAUAGCAUCAAGGUGUUUAAUAAAAGGAUCUUUACCUACCUCUAUUACAAAUCUUUCAAGAUUGGAGUAUCUAGACCUCGAUUUCAACGACAUAACAGGUUAUGUUCCUCCUCUGGGUUCCAAUAUGAAAAAUUUAAAACAUCUAUCUUUGUCUAGAAACAAUUUGCAAGGACCUAUACCUGAUUCAAUCUGUGAUAUUAUAAAUCUUCAACAACUUAAUCUGUUUCUCAAUGAUCUAUCCGAACUCAUACCAAAUUGCAUCACCGGGCUCCAGAAUCUCCAAUAUUUAGAUGUUAGUGAUAACUCUAUUGAUGGUAUCAUUUCAUUACACUCCUUCAUCGACAAGCUGAACCUAAUGGAACUGAAUCUUAACUCAAACAAGAUAACCAUAGAAAUAGAUCAACACUCUCUUCCGUCUAAAUUUCAAUUGGAGAGAUUAGAGCUGCAAUCAUGCAAUAUUAAAGGAGAUAUCCCAGCUUUCUUUUGCAGUUUCACUAAUCUUACAAAAUUGGAUUUGUCACAGAGCAAUCUUAUGGGAGUUAUUCCAUCUUGUCUGUUCAAACACCAAACUCUUACAGACUUGGAUCUCUCCCAAAACAACCUCCAAGGAACCUUACCACACGAGUUUCAGUUUAAUCCUAAUAAAAACAUGUACUUAAAUUUAGCUGGAAACAAGCUUCACGGUUCAGUUCCUCUUCCAUCUCCAAAAAAUUGGUUUUUCGAUCUGUCAAACAAUCAGUUCAGUGGCGGAAUACAAUUCGAAGUGGGAAAACGUCUUUCGACUUCCCGCUAUGCUUCAUUAUCAAGUAAUCAACUAUCUGGUACAAUUCCUCUAUCCUUUUGCUUAAAAAUAAGCUUAGAAAUGCCUAUGAGUAUUGGAUCUCUAAAUCUCUCCAACAACACCCUAACUGGAAGUAUUCCCUCUAGUUUUGGAAACUGCAGUUCGCUCGUUUUUCUACAUCUUGGCAUGAACAAUCUCACUGGACGUGUUCCUAAUGUGCUUCAACAUAUACCUAUUGGAUAUCUUCUACUGAAUGAUAACUCCUUCGAAGGUAGUUUUCCAAACUUCAUUCGACAACUUCAGGUAUUGCAGGUUCUCAGCUUGGGAAACAACAAGUUUGACGGUAAUAUACCAAGUUUCAUCGGUUCAUUUGAAUAUCUAAGGAUCCUUUCUUUAAGGUCAAAUAGAUUUGAUGGAUCUAUCCCCAAAGAGAUCAACCAUUUGGGUCGACUCCAGAUUUUAGAUUUGUCGAUGAACAAUCUAUCUGGUCCAAUUCCUAGGAUGUUAGGGAACUUGACAAUGCUAAGGAGUAGACUUAACAGCACUAGUCCAGGUUGGAGUGGUGGUAUGUUUAUCCCAGAUCUUCAGAUGCGAAUAGCAAUCAAGGGGGUCCUGCAACCUCUUCAACGCCUAAAAGAAUUCAGUUCAGGAAUCGACCUAUCAAGCAACUAUCUCGGAGGAAAUAUCCCAGAGGAACUAGGCAAACUAGAAGGGCUUUCAAUGCUUAAUUUAUCAAAUAAUUUACUCAAUGGAAAAAUUCCUACAAGUGUUGGCAAUAUGCUCGGUUUAGAGUCAUUGGAUCUCAGCUUCAAUAAACUGUCUGGAGGUAUCCCUACGGAAUUGACAACUAUAAGCUAUCUUGGGUUUUUAAACCUAUCAUAUAAUAACUUGAGUGGUAGAAUCCCACAAGAUGAUCACUUCCAAAGCUUGGGUGUAGAUGGAUUUGCUUUCCUUGGCAAUCAAUUUCUGUGUGGUAUUCCUACCAAGAAGCAUUGUGAUGGUGAUCCCAUUGGUCCUACCAGUAGCAACACCGACAAGAAUACAAACCUGAAUGAUGAAGAUGAAGAUGGUGCAAGAGAGACGGUGUUCCUAUUUGGUUCUAUUAUUCUAGGUGUGGCCGUAGGGUUUUGGGGUCUAUUCUUGGUUUUACUUUGUAAAAAGGAGAAAUGGUGGUUUAGGUACUGGAGAGCUGUUGAUACUGUUGUGUCAAGAUUAACAGGUUGUAUACGGAAAAAUCAGUAA